CCCCGAAUCUCAUGGGCAGGCAGAAUCGCCGCCACGAGUCGACCGCCUUGGCCGGAAGCAGCUCGAGCCACGGCCGCAUUUGCGAAGGGGCUCCCUCUCUGCGCGUGUUAGUGGCCAAAUCCACCGCCGGACGAAUGCCUUCCCGAAGCCGUAGUCACUUGGCGUUGUCUGCGGGGCAACAACUCCGCACGAGUCGCCUGCGCGUGAGAUAACGUUCGUCGCCCCGUCUCCCGCAGACGUUGCGCGCGGCGCUGCCGCGACUGAACGCCGUCGCUUUGCUCGCGGGAGUGAAUUUGCGAAACGCGUCGAGCGAUCCGCAGAAGUCGACCGCGCGUGCUGCCCUGGCGCACUGAUGGCACCCACCCAGGGGUGGUCCGUGAGCGGCGCGGUGCCCAUCGCCGACCUCCUCCCGGGAGGUUUAUAGCCGGGAAGCGGUGACUGGUGGCGGACAAAGGUGGUCCAGAUGUCUUGUGACCACCCGCAUUUAAAUAAAACCUUAAUAUUUUUUUUGUAUAGCAAUAGGUGUGUAGCGUAAUGGAAGCGAUAUAAAGAUGAUGACUUCGUUAGAUUCAAUUUUAUAUGUCAAUGUCCUUGUAAAGGGGUCCGGUAAGUGUGUAUGAGAACCAGCAUUUCCUCGACAAAUAUUACGCAACAUUUCCAGUUUCCACUUGAGCAAACGUAUUCAAAUGGCUGAGCAAAGUGCAACAACGUUAGGGGUCUAUUAACGUUGGGGGUCACGAGAUCUGGACCACCCUGAACACCUUCACGAUUGGGACGAGGCCCCCGUCCGGUGGGGCCGUGCCAUGCGUGGGGGCGAUCGAAUCUAAAAAUAGACGCAGCAUGUCGGUCCAAGGAGUGCCAGUGGAUUUCGUGCGCGCGCAGCGGAAGCAUCUCGGUGCAAGGUUGACCUCGCGAGGGCCAACGCAAUAAGUCUCUUGAUUGUCUCCUGACAGUUUCAUUCUGGGAACAUUCGUCCAGAGUUUGCUUCUGCCGGCGCUCGCAGAAAUAUUAAGCGACGACUUUGCUGGACAACAACAAUUGAGUGUGUCGCGGCCGCAGUGGUGGACACGUGGCAGUCGUCUUCCAUUCGCGCACUUUAUUAGAAUCAUGAAGGUGCCGUUGAGCAGAUUUCGACUCGGGGUCGCAGUGGCCGUGGCCGGGGCCGUGGCCGUCCUCUCGGUCUUCGCCGAGAGGCGACUCCUCGCCCAUCGCCUGAGCCACGGCGCACGGGCGCACGUGCACCGCCUGCAGAUGAUAGCCAUCUUCAAUGUGGUCAUCUAUCUGCCCUCCAAGUUCGUCUGGACCAGGUGCGUGACCGAGCCCACCGCCGCUUGCAGCCGUGGCAAAUGCGAUUCUUGGGCUGGCUUGUGGGCCGUGUGCGUGGCCACGUUCCUGCUGCUGGUCCACACCAGCCUCUUCACCGCCCUCUUUCUGGUUCACAUCGAGCCCCACGUCUUCUCGCUGGUGUCCAGCACCUGUCUGGGCGCCUACGUUCUGCUCAAUUUCUGGCUGCUGGUCCUGCUCCCUGCGGACCGCUGUCUGAGAUUUGCGGUCAGGGCGCUGACUCCGGCGAUGGAGAAGGAUGAGGAGGUGAAGGAUGAGAAGAUCGAGAGAAGGAAGAGGGCCCGGGUGCUUCUCGCCAUAGCCCUGCUCCUCACCGUGUCUAUGACCCUCUUGGCCGUGCACAACGCUGCCGGGCGACCCCACACGCCCAGGGUAGAGGUGCGACUCCAGCGCCUGCCAGCCAACUUGAGUGGCCUCAAGGUGGCCCUUCUGUCAGACAUACACCUGGGCCCCACGGUUGGCCGCAGCAAGCUGGCCCAGGUGGUGGACAUUACUAACGGGCUCAGGCCAGACUUGGUGGUCAUCGUAGGAGACCUUGCAGACUCUCUGGUGUCCAACUUGAAGGAUGCUGCUCAGCCACUGUCUUGGCUCAACCCACGCCUGGGCACAUACUUUGUCACAGGUAACCAUGAGUACUACACGCACGACGUGCAGGCCUGGUUCCAGUACCUGCGCUCGCUCAACGUCCACCCUCUCCACAACCAGCACGUGCACCUUGGCGGCGGGCCCGGAGAGCGCUUGUGCCUGGCAGGUGUCGAUGACAUCGAGGCGUUAAGGAUUGGGUACCCGGGGCACGGCAUGAACCUGGGACAAGCGCUGGCGGGCUGCGAGGAAGGGAGCGCCAUCAUCCUGCUCGCCCACCAGCCGCGUGCCGCACAAGCGGCGCUAGAACAGCGUCCGGACAUCGACCUCGUACUUGCAGGGCACACGCACGGAGGACAGUUCUUUCCCGUGUCUCUCGCCGUGUACCUCUACAACCCGUUCUUCGCGGGGCUGUAUCGGCACGGCGAGCACAGCCAGGUGUACGUCUCGCAGGGCAGCGUCUUCUACGGAAUGCCCAUGCGUCUGGGCAGCACCGCCGAGGUCUCCGAAAUCGUGCUUCUGUCGCGCUGAUGAAGCCCAGUUCCAGCCGAGUCACUUAGCGGCAUCUCGGCGUACAUCAAGGGGUGGUGACGAAAUGGUUUUUGUGUAGGGUGAAGGGAUAAUUUGUUCAAUUUUUAUUUUGUGAUGAUGUGAAAAAAAAUGGUGUAUUAUGUAAAUUACACGAGCUUGUGUUUGUGUAUACUGAAGGAACUGCAAUCUUUGAGUGUUGUGUGUAAUUUUUAUUAUGUUAAUGUGAUGGUUAGAUUGUCCAUCCUGGUGUAAAAAGUACACUGGUUCCCUUUUAAAGAAAGUAUUAUUGACAAUUUCCUGAAGGUAAUACUAUACCUCAAUAAUGAUAUGUCAAUGAUACCUCAAUAAUGGAAUAUUUUGUGUGGCAUGUAAUGCCUAUAAAUGUGGUGUUUCAAACUUGUCUAUUUAAAAAACAGCACUUGGAUAUGCUUACUUAUUUGAUGCCUUUCUGGCCUAUUAUAAUAACCAUCUGCCCCUUUUCAAUACCUUGUUUUGUAUGAAACGUUUUAUCCAAAAGCAAAGAUCGUGUUUUUUUAACAGUAUGAUGGUGGAUUUGUCAAAAUUUCUGUAUUUUUUACUGGUUUUAUCAUUGUCAAGACAUUUGCCAUUGCACUUUGCAGAUAUUACAAAAAAAAAUUAACCUUUCGAUUUAAA